GCCCAGAGCGGGUGCGCGGCGGGAGCGCGGAGGGGGCGGCCGCCGCCAGCGCCGCCGCCGCGCAGGAGCAGGAGGAGGAGAAAGGGUGCGCAGCCCGGAGGCGGGGUGCGCCGGUGGGGUGCAGCGGAAGAGGGGGUCCAGGGGGGAGAACUUCGUAGCAGUCAUCCUUUUUAGGAAAAGAGGGAAAAAAUAAAACCCUCCCCCACCGCCGCCUUCUCCCCACCCCGCCGCCGCACCACACACAGCGCGGGCUUCUCGCGCUCGGCACCGGCGGGCCGGGCGCGUCCUGCCUUCAUUUAUCAAGCAGCUUUUCGGAAAAUGCAUUUGCUGGUCGGAGUUUAAUCCGAAGAGGAUUCCUGCCCCCGUGCCCGGCUCGUCCACCGGCCCCCCGUCCCUGUCCGUCUCCCGUGGAGGCGUGAAGCGGUCCCGCGGAUAGAGAUCCAUGUCUGUGCCCGCGCGUGUGUGUGCGUGUGUAAAUCGCCGAGAGGGCGAAAAUCGCAGGACUUCUGCCAGUGCCGGACUGAAAAUUGUAAUUCAUCUGCCGCCGCCGCUGCCUUUUUUUUCUCGUGCUCUUGAGCUCUCCGGUCGGGAUUCCUGCGGAUUGACAUUUCUGUGAAGGAGCAGUCUGGGCAUCAAACUGGAAAUUCUCCUCAUUUGUCCCCACCGCACCCCACCCCCGACUCCUGAUUCAUUUGGAAGUUUCAGAGCAGCUAUACCUGGAGAGUUCUGGAGAUCGAUGGAAUCUUUGCCUUACGCAUUUGUUUUGUUUUCACAAAAAAGGAAACUUGACAGAGGAGCAUGCUGUCCUUAAAACAUACAAGUAAGUUCUUUGCACAGGAAAUGGGUUUAAUGUAACUUUCAAUGGAACACCUUUGAGAUUUUAACUUUAAGUGCGUUCGAGUGAGUUGAAUUUCCAGGCAGUUUAAUACAUUCUUUUCAGCCGUGUAACUUGCAGUGUAUGCCCGGCUUCCACCCAGUGUUUAAAAGGAAAGUGCACCUGAUUUUGACUUAGUUUUGAGUUGUUGUUGUUGUUUUUUUUAACCUUUCAGCACCACAGAGGAAGUAGACUGAUAUUAACAAUAAUUAAUAAUAAUGUGCCUCAUGCAAUAAAGAUCCGAAAGGAAUUUAAGUAAAAAUUUCCUGCAUCUCGUGCCAAGAGGGAAACACCAGAAUCAAGUGUUCCGCGUGACUGAAGACACCCCCUCAUCCAAGAAUGCGAAGCACAUCCAAUAAAAUAGCUGGAUUAUAACUCUUCUUUCUUUCGGGGCCGUGGGGCGGGAGCAGGGGCGAGAGGUGCUGUUGGUCCCCGGCUGCUUUUCCUCGGGGGCAGGAUGGCGCACGCUGGGAGAACAGGGUAUGAUAACCGGGAGAUAGUCAUGAAGUACAUCCACUAUAAGCUGUCGCAGAGGGGCUACGAGUGGGAUGCCGGGGACGCGGGCGCCGCGCCCCCGGGGGCCGCCCCCGCGCCGGGCAUCUUCUCCUCCCAGCCCGGGCGCACCCCUGCGCCCGCCAGGACCUCCCCGCCGCCGCCCCCGGUCGCCCCCGCCGCCGCCGCCGCCGCCGCCGCCGCGGGCCCUGCGCUCAGCCCCGUGCCACCUGUGGUCCACCUGACCCUGCGCCAGGCCGGCGAUGACUUCUCCCGUCGCUACCGCCGCGACUUCGCGGAGAUGUCCAGCCAGCUGCACCUGACACCCUUUACCGCAAGGGGACGCUUUGCCACGGUGGUGGAGGAGCUCUUCAGGGAUGGAGUGAACUGGGGGAGGAUUGUGGCCUUCUUUGAGUUCGGUGGGGUCAUGUGUGUGGAGAGCGUCAACCGAGAGAUGUCGCCCCUGGUGGACAACAUCGCCCUGUGGAUGACUGAGUACCUGAACCGGCACCUGCACACCUGGAUCCAAGACAACGGAGGCUGGUGACCAUCUGUGCGUUAUGUUGCCAUUGCCAGACCCUCUUCAAGUGGCUUAUCUGUGAGUGAAUUCAGAAACUUCAAAUUAUAAAGGACACCCAGAUAAUUGGCCUGUUCUCCAAAGUAUCCGUCCCCUGUGUUGCUGCCAGAUUCCUUCUUAAUGAAUACAUCCAGUGACAGUGGGAUUCUCGAGCCGGUCCGUAUCCGUGAGAAAAUGAGCUUCCCUGCUUUGUAACAGCUUGUGGCUCCGGGGGGAAAAAAAAUGGCAGCCAUUGCACAAAGUUUCCUUUGAAUGUAGUUUUCUUUCCCAUAAAUGAUACUUUGAGAAUACACUUAAGGGGUUAUUAGUUUUCUAUUUCAUGCUUGGCCUGUGUGUGAGAAUAACACAAGCUGUCGCUGCAAAUCAGUAGCUAAACACGCUUUGUCUGGUUAAUGUGAGCAUUUAAUAUUUGGCUCAAUUAAAAAUUAACUGAUUAAAGCGCAUGUCAAAUGGAAAUUGAAAAUACCUUUGUAAGGAAUAUUGAAAGGGCGUGACCGAUGAGGAAAUUCGUGGUUUUAAAAUGUGGAGACUUUGGGGGCGCCUGGGUGGCUCAGUCGGUUAAGCAUCUGACUUCGGCUCAGGUCGUGAUCUCGCGGUCCGUGGGGUCGAGCCCCGCGUCGGGCUCUGUGCUGACUGCUCGGAGCCUGGAGCCUGCUUCGGAUUCUGUGUCUCCCUCUCUCUCUGUCCCUUCCCCCUUUUGUUCUCUCUCUCUUUUCUCUCAGAAACGGGUAGAUGAACAUUUUUUUUGAAAAAAUGUGGAGACUUUGGGGAAAUGUAAUAUGAGUUGAGACGCUAGACUCUUCCUUCAGGCCUCUCUACCUGUUGGGCUCGCCCUGAUACUGAAGGAUGUCCCCCGUUUUGUUAUGAAGGACCCAGCUGCGCCUCUGUGUUUUCUAGGGAAUAACUGUGCCGUUUUGUUUUGUUUUGUGCUGGAUCAUACGAUGAAAGCAGACAGAGUAGGAGAUCGGUUAUUCAUUAGUCCCACGCGUUUUUGUUUUUUUUUUUAACUGAGCACAUGCUGUAGGCUAGGCCCUGGGGAUGUGGGAGGUGGGCACCAGAUAGACCCGGCUCACGGUCUGCGGGGUGGAGAUCAUUACGCAGCGACUGCAGUGGAGCCUGGGUAGAGCGAGGAGGGAAGAAAGCCAACCACAGGAGGGGCAUGUACUGGAAUCAGGGGAGUCUUCCCAGGAAAGGGGGCUGAAGCCUGAAGGAUGAGUGAGACGUAACCUAGAGACGUGGGCAGGAGGAGCCACGUGUGGCCCGCAGACAGAAGGUGUAGAACAAAGGCCAGAGGCCUGAGAGCUGCUGAGCUGCGGGAACCGAGGAGUCCAGCCUGGCUGGAGACAGGAGAGCAAGUGGACAGAUCAGAAAGGCUACACGGGAGAUGUGCCACCGUGGGGGGGUUUAUUCUAGAAAGAGCGUGCCGUUAAUGAGACUGGGGAGAGAUGAGGGACAGGGAGGAGGCUAGCUCAGUCAUUGGGCAAGAGACCGUGUGCCUGACCUAGAGGAGCAGUAGUGGCGACAGCAAGAAAUUGAGGGCGCUGAGCAAUGGUCAGGACUGGAAUGGAGAGAUUUUUGGGAAGAUGUAGUGAUGGACAACGCUUCAGAACCUGGCUCAUUUCUUCUUCAGGGACAGCGCUCUUUUUCCAUAAUCGUUUCGAAAAGAGUACGGUCCUUUUUAUAGUCAUCAUAUAUAUACAUACAUAUAUAUAUAAUAUAUAUACAUAUAAAUAUAUGUAUACAUAUAUACAUAAAAAGACAUAUAUAUAUAUAUAUAUGGUCUAUAAAAAGGACCAUACAUAUAUACGUAUUUUUUUUUCUUAUUUCCCAUUCUUUUAAAUUAACACUGCCUGGUUGAAAAUGUCAUUUUGUUAGAAUUCACACGGUAAUCAUUAACAACCAACAGACGUGUGCUUGAGGAAGGAAUUCAGUCACACAAGGCAGUUCUCAUAGAAAUUUCCUCCACGUGAAAACAUGGCAACAGUGGGACCUCACCCGGACAGAGGAUGUUUGAAAGUUUCAAAGGAGCUCCGUGUCUGGUGGCCCACGUGGUCUUUUUGACAACCCCAGGCAUGGCAGAUACCAUACUCCCUCUUCUCUUCUGCCUGGCUCUUCCCACACCCUGUUUGUCCCGUGUUUAUUCCCGUGCGAAGAGAGAACUGCCGGGCAGAGCUGCUGGACAGCCAGCAAGCGCAGGGGAACUGGAAUUUAUCCCCAGACUCGGAGCCCAGCGAAGCUUCCUCGACCCCGGGCUGCUUCUCAGGGUCCGUUUUGGCACGGACACCAGACUCUUCCACAGAAAUGUAACCAAGUAUAUCCAGUUUUGAUAAAUCGUAUCCUCUACUGCUUUUCAUCUCAAAAACCGUCAGGAUAACUCACAUGUGGUCUUUUAGGGUAUUUCCUCUCCUUCGAUUUAGCUUUUGAAGGGUAUUUCAUGCUGAUGGCGGGGGGUGGGGGGGUGGGCAUCGAACCUCUUGCCAUGUGAUGCCCACACGUUUGCUCAAGACCCCACGGCUGUGCUUGUGAGCUGGGCGGGCUUGAGCGUGUAACUCCUCUAGGGAGACGGUAGCAUGAGGGACGGGAGAGUUCUCUAAACUCCUCGAGGGUUCUGGAAGACAGCAGGGCAGGUGGGAUUAUAGGUGCUCAUUUUGACUGGCGUCUCAGUAGCAGUCCACGUUUUUAUUUACUUUUAAACGUUUCUCUUCGGGUAAGCAACAGAAACUUGAGGACCCGGGUGCUUCUUGAAUUUAAAAAAUGGUGGAGGCUUCAUCCGUAGGAUUCCCAUAGUGUCUAAAGGGCAUGUGGCUGUGUUCGUUCAACCUCAUUUAUUCAACACCCACGGAGAAGAGCACGGAGGCUGUCACAGAAAGCGUGGCAGUCCAGAACCGUCUCUCAUACCUCUCAUGGACCCAACAUGGUGGGGAAGUUAGAAUAGUAAAUCUGCAAAUGAUUAACAAUAUAAGGACUACAAUGUAACCGAAAUGGGACAAAAUGAUACAGCGGUGUCUAUGGGGCUUACUGACUCUUGGAGGACUUCUGAGGGUCGUCUAGUCAUAUUGCACAUUAGACAGAGGAGAGCAAAUGGCUUUUGUUUUUAAAGCUUAACAGCUGAAAACAUAAUGCUCUACCUUAAAAUUAAUGUGUAUAUUAGUAUAAUACAGCCUGUAUGUCAGUUUAAGAUGGGUUACCAUACACAAUAUAGAACUAAAGACGACUUCCAUUUUUGGCUAAAAUGUUUGGACCAUUUUUCCCCCUUACCUACCCCUUCUGAUCUUUUCAUUUUCCCCAUUUCCUUUUAGUUUCACCUUGGCCAAUGGCCCCAGUCACUGAAAGUCAGGAGGAAGCAUGGAAUUUAGUGAACCCCAACAUGUGCCACACUCUGGGCUUACUGCUUCUAUGAAUAGGAGAUGAUCUAACCCUCACAACCCCUUCUCAGGGUAGGAAGUAGAAUUAUAGAUUGAGGAAUCAAAGGUUCUGUUUAAUCAAGGAGUUUUGCCUCUUAAGAGACAAAACCAGAUUCUUUUUUAGGCACUCCAAGUGGUAAUGGAUGUCCUCUAAAACUUAAUUUUUUUUUAAAUGUAAAACAGAGCCCUAUUAAAAAGUAACAAUUUGAUGCAUGUGACUUUUUCGUUUCUUUUGUGUUUCCUUGGGAAGCCAAUUAGUCAUCUUUAUUUUAGUAACUAGGAGGUGAAAUCUUCCAUAAAGGGGACUUUUAAAAGUUCUUUCAUAGCUGGAAAAAAAAAGAGAGAGAGAGAGAGAGAGAGAGAGAGAGAGAGAGAGAGAAACAUUUUGUUUCUGUCUCUCUUCUCUUUGGCUCCAACAGUCUGUGUAAAUAGCCUUUGAAAAACAAGUAGUAAUCGCUGUUUCGUAGGAAGACAAGACACCUGAUUCAGAAGCCGUCCCAGGGGUCUGCAUGUUUUUGUUGGAAUGACAGAUCCAUCGUGCUUUCCUGGUUCCAGAGAAAUGACCUCACUGUCCAAUUGUAACCUGCCUGAUGCCGUAAUCAAAAGGUGGGGGAAAGUCUGCGGUUUUACCUCCGGUGUGAUCCUCAGCCCUUCGCUGUCUUAUUUUAGGCAUGACCUUAGUGUUUUUUUCCAGAGUCCAGAGGUGAAAUGACAUGUUACUCAAGCUUACAAGAGGAUGAUGUAUCUUUUUUUAUGUAUAUAUUUAGCUGUAAAUUUUAUUCUACUCAUAAACAAAUCCACUUUCAGCAACCACGGUGUAUCAAGGGAGAGUUAUUUCCAUCCCUUGGUUUAAUUUGGAUACAUUUGACCUAGAACAGCACAGUGUUUCCACAAUAACAUUUGAACAGGAUGCUGCAGUGCUGGUUUGCAGGGCUCAGGGAGUGUCAGCAUGGGCCAGGAAACUACUUUCUUAAAAGAAACUUAAACACUAAGUUCUGACAAGAUAGGAAACUCUUACUAGGCUCCUUAGUAAACCUAUCUCUUUUUUUUUUUCUUGCUUUU